CAUCGUUCCAUUCAUGUCGUGGGGUAGUAGUAUUGGUUUGUACAUGGAAAUAAAUUCGAUAUCUGAUAUCGUAACCCCCUAUGUAGUUGAAUCGAUCGAUUCAAUCGAUCGAUUUACUGCAAGCCGGAUUACCUUUUAAAUAGAAUUCCUUCGCAGUCUCGUUCGAUAUCGCAGACUAAAGCUGAUCCUUACCCCCAGCAUACUCUCCAAACAGCCCCCUAAGUUGUUCAUUAUCAUAGCAGAAUAUGUCUAAGCCAGUAUUCGUUCUCCUUCAUGGUGCGUGGCACAGUCCUAAAUGCUGGGAUAGUCUCAUCACUGCACUGGGCAAGGCAGGCUACUCGGCUGUUGCUCCAGCCUUACCCUCGACGGGAUCUACGCCACCUACACCUGACUGGUCUAAGGAUAUCGAAACCAUCAGGAAAACUGUUGAAGACCUCCUCUCCCAAGAGAAUGAUGUCGUCGUCGUUGCGCACAGCUUCAGUGGUAUGACUGGGGGUACGGCCUUGGAAGGCUUGGACAAAGAGACGCGUGCGUCAAAGGGACUGAAGGGCGGCGUCAUACGACUGAUUUACAUCGCGGCCUUCCUUGUACCGGAGGGCUUCCAGUACUCGGCACAUGGGACGCGCGACAACAUGGUACCGGAGAUGAUAACCGAUUUUGAUGCUGGCGUUAUCACUGUGGCACCCGAGCAUGCUAAGGAUAUGUUCUAUCAAGAACUAGAUGACGCUACUAUUGCUGAGUUAGUCAAGGACUUACGCCCUCAGAGUUUUGGGGCGUUCUGGAGUACCACAACAUAUGCUGCCUGGCGCUAUAUCCCAACCACAUAUAUCUUGUGUCUAGGAGACAAGCCAUCGACCGUGGUUGCUGCGCGGUAUCUUGUUGAUACCGCAAAAGCGAGCGGACCGCACAAGAUUGAGAAAGUUGUUGAAGUCGAUGCGGGCCACUCUCCCUUUAUUAGCAAGCCCGAGUGGACUGCUGAAGCACUCAUCGCCGAGAUCAGUGGGCAGGCUUAGUUGAGAGGCUAGUCUAGAAGCCUUACAGGAUUCAAUUAUAGAUCUAAGUGUAGUCAAUAAAAUCUAGGUAUUUGGGUUGCUCUAUUCAG